AUGGAUCACGGCCUUUCAACUCGGGGCAGCAUCGCAGCCAAGCCGGACGAUGGCAUGCUUCUAUGGAAGAUUGUCCAGGACCUCUGGGACCCGGAAACGAAUCCGAAGGGCUACGUGAGCCUGGGCAUCGCGGAAAACACUCUCAUGCACGAUAGAUUGUCGAAGCAUAUUCACGAGAACCUAGCAGUUCCGAACCACUCGUUCACGUACGGCGAUGGCAUGACCGGCUCGAAGCGUCUGAAGGUAUCACUCGCGCGCUUCCUCACAGAGCGACUACACCCAGUAACGGCCAUCGAAGCGCAACAUGUCUCCGUCACCAAUGGUUGCAGUUCGGCAAUAGAACAUCUUUGCUGGGCGUUGGGCAACCCUGGCGAAGGCUUCCUUCUCGGCCAACCCCACUAUGGAGCUUUCCUUCCCGAUGUUGAGUAUCGAACGGGCUGCAAGCUCGUGCAGGUUCCUUUUCGCGAGGUUGACCCUUUCGGUUUGGAUGCGGUCCGGAAAUAUGAGGAAGCGUUGCUGUCCGCUAGGGAAAAGGGGAUCAAGAUUGCCGCCCUCAUCAUAUGUCACCCUCACAACCCUCUCGGACGUUGUUAUCCGCGGGAGACCAUUGUCGACUUGAUGCGGCUGUGCCAAAAGUACGACAUGCACCUCAUCAGUGACGAGAUAUACGCGCUCUCCGUCUGGAAGAACACAAUCGAUACGCAACCAGCGCCGGUACCUUUCGAGUCUUGCCUCUCCAUUAGUACGACAGAUAUUAUGGACGCCCAUCGACUGCAUGUUCUCUGGGGCAUGUCCAAAGACUUCGGCGCCAACGGUAUCAGACUUGGCGCCAUCAUUUCACAGCACAAUUCGUCUUUCCAUAGCUCGUUGACCCCAGUCGGUAUCUACAGCUCACCUUCUGGCCUUACGGACCACGCAACGGCCAACAUUCUCGAUGAUCGCGAAUGGGUGAAUGGCUACCUCGAUGAGAAUCAGCGCAAGCUCCAAGAAAACUUUGAGCUGGUGGCCCACUGGGUCACAGAGAACGGGAUCACAUACGCACCUGGGGCAAACGCUGCAUUCUUUCUGUGGGUUGAUCUGGGCAAAGCCUACCGUGAACGACGGCCGGGUGUAGAUUUUGAGGAUAUCAGCACAGAGGUGAUGCGCGCGUUGCUUGACAAGAAGGUGUUUUUGGCAUCAGGAAAGCAGUUUGGCGCCGAGCAGCCGGGGUGGUUCCGGAUCGUGUUUUCCAACAGGAAGGAAUUGCUACUUGAAGGCCUCAAACGAGUUGCUGCUGCGUUAAACCACUGA